GGCACGGCGUUGGCGAGGGGACGCAGCCAGUCAACUGUGAGCAUAGUCCCGGGGCGGAGCCGCGCGGAGUUUCAAAUCGGCUGGGGUCAGCUACAAGCCACUGUACGGAGCGUGUGGUCCCGAAUCGGUCGCAGCCGGGGUGUGACGGGUAGAGGAGACUGGACCAAGCAGAUGGCAUCUCAGUGGCAGAACUUGGGGGCCUCUGUGCGCCGACGAUCGCUCCUAGAGGAGGAGCUGCCCGAGGAGGAGGUGAUAAGGUCUGCAGCCGGCCAACCAGAGACAUCCAGCGGAGCCCUGGGCUCCCUGUGCAGACGAUUCCAAAGGAGGCUGCCCCUGAGAGCAGUCAGCCUUAACCUCCGAGCAGGCCCCUCCUGGAAACGCCUGGAAACCUCAGAGCCGGAGAAGCAGGGCCUGCAGGCUGCAGCUCGCUCAGCUAAGACUGCCUUGGGCGCCAUGUCCCAGAGAAUCCAGGAGUCCUGCCAAAGUGGCACCAAGUGGCUGGUGGAAACACAGGUGAAAGCCAGGAGGAGGAAGAGAGGGGUGCAGAAGGACAGUAGUUCCCCACCUCCCAGCCUGACCCAGAAGAACACUCGGCUGUCUAGAGCCGCCUCCGACCUCCAGGAGAGGGAGCAUCACCGCCUCUGUGCCCGGGUUGACCCACGUGUCCAUCCACGACGGCGGCCCAGGAGGGAGGCUGCCUUCCAGAGCCCCUACUCAUCAACAGAGCCCCUCUGUUCUCCCAGCGAGUCUGACAGUGACCUAGAGCCUGUGGGAGCAGGAAUUCAGCAUCUCCAGAAGCUGUCCCAAAAGCUGAACAAAGCCAUUAUGGCUGAAGAGAGUGGUGACAUGACCAUCUCCCUCAUUCGUCACUGAGGACAGCGACUUCCAGGAAAUGAGCCCUGUCUGGCCACCAGAGCCCUCACACCAGGAUGUCUGUGCCAUGAGCUUCCUGGAAGAAGCACCCCCCGAGUCAUCAGCAACCCUGAGCUGCUGCUGACAAGCACCUGACCAACAAGGGCCCAGGUCUUUUCUGCUUCAGCCACAUCCAGGCCCAUCAGUGACCACCUGCCACCACCUGAGUGAUCUGGAGAAAUCUUGGAAUUGCUCCUACCCUCUCCCUAGGGACUGUUGUACUUAGGAACUAAUCCCACAUGUUGUGGGGGCCUUAUCUAUAAUGGGAAGACACUAGAACAUGCUGGAGAGUUCUGAACCAUGCAGCCAGGAGCAGGGUCCUUGGAGUGUCAUGUGUGGACUCACCUCCUGUGUUUCUAAGGCAGAGAUUCUUGGGGACACAAUUUCAUCCCUGAUUCCCCACCACCACCUUCAGGACCCCAAAGGAAGAGAGAGGCUAUGUGACCCUGGGCCUAUUUUUAAUGAGCUCAGCAUGGGGCAUUGUGGACUUACGGGGAGGAGCCCAUCUUCAAGAGCAGUUUCUGUCCUUUGUAAAUUACUUAAGAAAUCUGCUUUGUCAUUUUAUUAGAAAGAAACCAGUGUGUAAGUUUCCUAGAUCACAUCACUUUUUAAUAAUAAACUCUUUCCACAUUUAA